CACCGAAAAAUUUAAUGGAAGCAAGCGAGGAGAGAGAAAGACAGUGCGAGAGUUUCUAGAGAGAGAAAGCGUGUGUGCGUGUGUGUGUGCGUCCGCGCGCGCGCCCACUGUGCUUCCGGGGGGGGGGGGGGGCGAUGAUGGGCCAGAUCGUGAAGAGGAAGAAGAAAGGGCGGCCGCCGAAGUCGGAUCUGGCCAAGCGCUCGCCGAAGCCCCCGCCGCCGGCGCCGGAGCCGGACCUCCGCCGGAGCCUCCGCCGGCGGAGCGUCAGGUACAACUUCAUCGACUACGACGACUACGUCGACGAGGAGUACGAGCUCGACGAGGAGGAGGACGAGGAGGACGAGGGGGACGAGAGGAGGAGGGCGAAGAAGCUGAAGCUGGUGGUGAAGCUCGACCAGGGGCGCGUGGCGAGCACGCGCAGGACAGCGGCGCGUCCAGCUCGGACGAGGGGGAGCGCGGGGAGAGGAAGCCGGCUGCGGGGCGGCGGCGGGGACGAGGACGCGGAGGAGGAGAUCGGUGGCGAUGACGACGACGAGGAGGAAAGAGGUCUUGGAGAAAAAUCGGCAGGUCUCAACUCUCCCCGAGCGAUGUCGAGGUCUCCAGCUCCUUCAUCAGGGAUUCCGCUACCGGAUAAGAGGAAGCUCGAGUUGAUACUCGACAAACUCCAGAAGAAAGAUAUAUACGGUGUUUAUGCCGAGCCUGUUGAUCCUGAGGAGCUUCCAGAUUACCAUGAUAUUAUCGAGCAUCCAAUGGAUUUUUCCACUGUGAGGAAGAAGCUUGCCAACGGAUCAUACUCUACUUUGCAGCAGUUCGAGAGUGAUGUCUUCCUUAUUUGCUCUAAUGCUAUGCAAUAUAAUGCGCCAGAUACUGUAUACCACAAACAGGCUCGUUGUAUUCAAGAGUUGGGGAGGAAGAAAUUUUUGAAGUUGAGGAUUGACUUUGAACGCUCUGAGAAAGACAAAGUAAAGAUUGACUUGGAACAGUCAGAAAAGGAACUUAAAUCUGACCAGAGAACGAAGUCCAAUUUUUUGGCAAAGAAACAAAUGAAAAAGCACUUCUCCCAACCUGUACAGGAAUCUGAUUCUGCCGGCAUCACUUGUGCAGACGUCCCAGAUGUCCUAAAUAGUGCCACCGCAAACCAAGCUUCUGGUUAUGAUAGGCUGAGCAAUUUCGACAGUCUCGUGGAGGGUAAUGCUAUGCAGGUGGAGAAUAACAUAGAGAAAGCAGAAGACCUAUCGUUAGGUAAAGGUCUUCCAUUGAAAUUUGCACGGAAGCCGUAUUUGCAUGAUGAGAAUCGUCGUGCAACUUAUAACAUAACAGAAGAACCUGUGGUUCAACCAGACACCAUAUUCAGUACAUUUGAGGGUGAAGCUAGGCAGUUGGUUGCUGUGGGGCUUCCUGUGGAGUAUUCUUAUGCCAGAAGCCUGGCUCGUUUUGCUGCAACUCUUGGUCCUGCUGCUUGGAGACUUGCCUCCCAGAGGAUUGAGCGAGCUUUGCCAGCUGGAUGUAAAUUUGGCCGAGGAUGGGUUGGAGAGUAUGAGCCCCAUCCUACCCCAGUUCUACUAGUUGAGAACCGAAUGAUGAAAGAUUUUCCUCUAGGAACAAGAUUGCAUAACCGAGACGAAUUGAAAAUGAAUGAAAUAAUAAUCUCUAAAAUCCAAGAACCUGCCAUGGAGCAUUCAGUCAGUCAGCUUGCCUCGGAAGGGAAGCUGCCUUUUCUUGUUGCAAGAAGAUCCAGUACUACAAACAAUGCCAAUUUUCAAAUGCAGAGCCCAUUUCAGAAAAAUUUGAGCGCGCCUAAGAUAAAAGUUACAGAACAGUUUGAAUUAAACUCUUUGCCUUCAGGAGAUCACCACAAUGCUGAGCAUGUUGCAGAGAAGAAAUUUUCCAAGAAUUCAGAAGCAGGGGCUUCCAGGUCUCGAGACUCUGUUUCACGAAAUUUAGUUCAUCAAAAUUCAGGGAUCUCAGGGGCAGCUUCUUCCGCAGCUAGGGAGCAAGUUUUGAAAAACACAAGUCCGCUGCAGUGUAUGCCAUCUAAACAGCCAGAUGCUAAUGGAGUGGUUACUAGGGGUUUGCCCAAUGGGACAAUUGCAAGUAAUAGUUUUGAGAAUAGCAGAAUCACUCCUACGUCUUCUGUUGGUAUUCCUAAUCAAAUGCCUAGAAUGAUAUCAUUUCCCCAUGGACAGGACCAGGGUCUCAGCGACCCUGUUCAGUUGAUGAGAAUGAUGGCCGAAAAGGCUCAAAAGCAACAUAACUCUUCUAAUCAUGCUGCAACUGAUGCUUCAUCAGUAACGACGCCUUCUUCUUCCAUAAGAAGAGAAGAUGAAAGCAAUGCCGCAGCAACUGCUGCUAGGGUCUGGAUGUCCGUUGGUGCUGGAGGGCCAAAACAGGUUAUAGAAAACCCCUGCAACCAGAGAAGUCAAGUACCUCCAGCUUUUCCACACAAUUUAUCUCAUGAAUAUCUUUUGCAUGUGGCUCGAGUUCGUGGUGAAUCAGCUUCUGGGAUGAUGCAAUUUCAACCCGCGAAGAACAGUUUUCCAGUCCAGACAUUUGGACGUCCUCCCAUUCACUUGGGCACCGAAGCCCCAUACCAAAAUAGGCCAGUGGUUUUCCCUCAAUUCAUAGCGGCUGACUUGCCUAGGUCUCAAGCACAGUCUCCUUGGAGAGGUGUUAGUCCGCAUGCACAGCAGAGGCAGAAGCAGGAAAUGCGUCCGCCAGAUCUGAACGUUGGUUUCCAGUCACCAGGUUCCCCUGCGCCGCAGUCUUCUGGUGUUCUGGUUGAUUCACAGCAGCCAGAUUUGGCCUUGCAACUUUGAGGCUGAUGGCUUACUGUCGAUAUGGAUGACGGAGGAAGGAACAGGAAUUCAUGGCUUCUGUCUUUGGGAAUGUGAAAGUGAAAAUAUGCUCUUGGUCGACGGGAACCCUUGGAAUGCCACUUUGUUAACAUGCCCAGAUAGUCCAGAAGACCAAAUGUCGCAAAGUCCCUGUUGAAUUGAGAUGGUUUUGGUCUGAUUGAGGACGAGCAUUGGCUUCAAAGUCGGAGAACUCCCAACAACUGUCGUGCCGAGAGGUUGCGACGGGAUCGUUGCUGUGGUCUGUGUAAAGGUAGCGGAGCAUUCUGUCUUAUUUUUUCCCUGACGAUGACGACUAACUUAUGGCGGCAUAUAUCUAAGUUACUGUUUAUGGAGAUACGAAGUUAGGAUAGUCUUGGAGAAGGUGUUGUGCAUGGAAUCUGUAUUUGCGCCUUUAACUCGCAAAGAAAAUGUAGAGAUGGACGGUACAUUUUUGCAGGGCGGUGAUAGUUUCAGAUGUAGCAGUUCGUCAGUGCCUCUCUUUAACUCCAA